UCGAAGCUGUCGGCUGUUUUUGUUUGUGUGGUCGACAGAAGCUCGCGGGGACGUCCGUUUUUCGUUACCAAAUAACCGUUAAAAUCGGAAUUUUUACUGAAGUGACAAACGGGCAGUUGCUAUGGGUGCCGGUUCGAGCACCGAGGCCGAAAGGGAGCCGCUUCUCGUCCCUUCUCACGCGGAGACCAACAGCCCGCCAGUAAACAGCAGGGUGUACGGGAGAAGAUGGCUGGUUCUGACCCUGUUCUCCCUGCUGGGGCUCAUGCAGGGGAUGGUGUGGAACUUCUGGGGUCCCAUCCAGAACUCGGCCGCCCACGCUUUCGGCUUCACCAAGUCUGACAUCGCGGUUCUGGUGCUGUGGGGCCCGGUGGGCUUCGUCCCCUGGCUGCUGUUUAUGUGGUUAAUGGAUAAGAAAGGUUUGCGGGCGUCCCUCCUCCUCUCGGCGCUCUUCAUGCUGCUCGGAGCAGCUCUCAGGAGCAUCCCACUGACAGAACAGCCUCUCAGACGAUGGUUGAUACACGGAGGUCAGUUUCUGAACGGUUUAGCCGGCCCCACCGUUAUGAGCGCUGGCCCCUUCCUCUCCACCACAUGGUUCGCACCUGACCAAAGAGCCACUGCAACAGCUGUGGCAUCGCUCUUCUGCUACCUGGGAGGCGCUGCUUCCUUCGUAAUAGGACCUCUGGUUGUGCCGGCCCCCAACGACACCCUGACAGGAACCACAAUGUCAGCAGCAGUUUCCGACAGCUCCAUCCGAGACAGGAUCCAGCUGGUUUUGUAUGCAGAGUUGGCUGCGGUUGCUGCGCUUUUUGCAGCCGUCCUGCUCUAUUUCCCAUCACGCCCACCGAUGCCUCCCAGUGUGGCUGCUGCAAGCCAGAGGCUCAGUUACAGGAGCAGCAUCUGCAGACUCCUAAGCAACCUGCGGUUCCUGAUGAUUGCGCUGGCCUAUGCCGUCCCCACAGGCGUGAUUGCUGGCUGGUCAGGAGUCCUUGACAUGGUCCUUACACCAGCCAAAGUCAGCCAGGUGGACGCAGGUUGGAUCGGCUUCUGGUCGACCAUUGGUGGAUGUGUGUUUGGAGUGGCAAUGGCCAGGUUUGCAGACUCCAUUCGGGGGAUGCUGAAGCUGAUCCUGGUGCUGAUGCUGGCCGGAGCCUCGCUGUCCUCUACCUGGUUCACACUAACCUGCCUGAGCAGAUACACUCACCUCCCCGCCACUGCAGCCAUCCUGUACACCUCCUGCAUCCUGGUGGGGAUCUUCAUCAACAGCAGCGUGCCAAUAUUCUUCGAGCUCUUCAUCGAGACCGUGUACCCGGUCCCUGAAGGCAUCACCUGUGGAGUGGUCACUUUCCUGGGGAACCUGGUCACCGGGCUGCUCCUCUUCUUCCUCACUUUUUACUGUAAAGAGCUGUCGUGGUUGAACUGGUGUCUAACCGGCUCCUGUCUCUUCAGCCUCGUCCUCAUCCUCUUCUUCAGGGAGUCUUACGAUCGCCUCUACCUGGACGUCUUUGUCUCCGUGUGACACUGGAGGACAAAAAAAAAAAGAAAAUACGGUAUCUUAAUAAUAAUAAAGGACUGAAUAAUUUUUCUUGCACAAAGAAGAGUGGAAAAGGAGAAGAAGGGAAAGUGGAAAGACCACACUUAAGAUUUUAGGAUGUAUAUAAUGGUAACGGUGGUGAUGGGCUGCUGUCGCACGGCCGCAGACAAGAUGCCACGCCGAUGUUUACUCUUUAUACGUGAUCGACUCAAUGCCAUAUGACUGUUUAACACAUCGUCACCUGUUUUUAUUCGUCAGUCUUUGUUUGUGUGUGAACAAACUUUUGUGAACGGUUUAAUUCUCUUAACCAGGCGCGGCAUGACGGACUGUUAGUAAAUGUUGUUUACAGAUAAUAUUUAAAGUUGUUCUCAGUGUCGCCCCAGUGUGGCCGCUCGGCUCACCCUCCUGGAUCGCAUUUCAACACUCAAGCGUCGGCCCCUGCCGAGGAAGUAAGGGGCGGUAACUGCUGAGUCAGGGCUAAAUGAGGGACCUCGUGGUGUCUUCGUGCUGCGACUCGCUGGGGAGGCUAAGUGACCUGUGAUACUAUCACUGAGAGGCAGGUACUCAUAUUAUGUUUUAUCGCCCUCUCAAGAUGAAUAUUAUGCAAAAAUUAUCUACCAAAUUGACAACUGGACGCCGGCCAGAGAGCGGAGUUGGAAAAACUUGCGCUUUUAAGAACUGUUACAUCUUCACAUUUCAGGAGUUGUUCAGCUUAUUUAUGGGGAAUUAUGUUCAUUUACGGGAGAUUUGCUUUUUAAUCUAACUCUAAUGUUUUUUAAAUGGUUUUUUUUUCUCAGUUGCUUGCCAGUAUUUAUUGGAAAUGUCUCAACACUAACACAGUUAACACCCAGUUUCACUGAAACAGGAUGUUCGGUUACGAUUUCAUCAACAGCUGAGGCACACUGAGGGAGAUUGUUUUACUAUUUACACACUGUAAAAUCUCACAAGCUGAUUUCACUUAAAAUAAUUCUGGAAUCUGAUUGCCUUGAAAUAGGAACGCAAAAACAAUUACUAAUCUUAAUUUAUGUUUACUUUUUAUCAAAUUG